AUGCCAAAUAGCCUUCAAAUCCAACAAAUGAGUGCAAUGCAAGGUCCUUUGGAAAGUAUCCGUCCUAGUUCAAGCUCAAGAAACUUUAGUGGAACUGGGAGAACGCUUUCAGGGGAGACAGUACCUGCACCAGCUCCUCAACCUCCUGAGUCCAUUGUACAUAACAUUAUCUUCUGGAGAAAUGGUUUUACUGUAAAUGGUGGUCCUUUGAGGAGAUUGGAUGAUCCUAAAAAUGCAUCUUUUCUGGAGAGUAUUGGGAAGUCCAAAUGUUCAAGAGAGCUGGCACCUGCAGAUAGUAGCAGGGGCGAAGCUACUUUGGUUGAAGGGUGGUCAACUGACCACCCUUCGCCGAAAACAGAGAAACCUCAAGUUCCAUUUCAAGGAGUGGGAAGAACACUAGGCAGCAGCUCAACUAUAGCAACUUCAGAGCUAUCUGCCUCUGCCCCUAUCAACACCCAAACACCUUCUACGUUCCUUGUGGAUGAAUCAUUGCCAUCAACCUCACUUCAACUUAGACUUGCUGAUGGAACCCGCAUAGUUGCACCCUUCAAUUACCAUCAUGCAGUUGGUGAUAUUCGUGCCUUCAUCGAUGCUUCAAGGCCCAGUGCCAUAGGGGAUUACCAACUACAGACAGUUGGUUUUCCUCCUAAAAGCCUUAGUGAUCCAAGCCAAACAAUUGAGCAAGCAGGCUUGGCCAAUUCAGUUGUUAUGCAGAAGNAAACUUUUUCUUUCUUAUUUAUGUGUUUUAUUUUUUUCCAUUUUUUAGAACUCAUACAGAAAGGGAUAUAUUGCCAUUUAGAAAAAACCAUGAAGAGGUGA